AUGAAGUUCCUCGCCACCCUUGUCCUGCCCUACCUCGCCGGUGCUGCGGCCAUUAACGGCCGGGCCGACGCCACCGGCCCCUGUUCCUGCAAGGGCGCUACACCGGGAACCGAUGCCGACGCCGCCGCCACCUACCUCUGCGCGGACGCCCGCCUGGGCCCCAAGCAGCUGCCGACCAAGCUACCCCUCGGCAGACUCGUCUCGGGCUAUAACCGCCUCGGCCGCGACGACGUCACAGUUGAGCAGUUCCUUGCCAACUGGACCGGGCCCGACGGCAAAUAUAAGUACCCACCGCAGAAUGGCUUCACGCUCGACGACAACGGCAACGCUAUCAACGGGACGAUGCAGCUCGAGGUCGGCACCCUCAUUGACCGUUUCGGUAGCGAAAGGGGCCAGUACGUCACGGCCGCCAGCGCCCCCUACUCGCAGCGCUCGCUCCCGCCGUCCAGCCUGAAAACGGACCCCAGGAACCCCGACUUUCCCAACGGCUACCACCUGUACAAGGUCAUCCGCCCGUUCACCGUCGUCGGCGGGCCCAUAGCGCCCUGGUUCGGUCAGCCGGGCCUCGGCGCGCAGUUCUGGACCGGCAAGGUCGGCACCAUCCUCCAGCUCAUCACCGACGGCUACAUUGAGCGCCAGGACCCGUCCAUCUUGCUCAAGCAGUCUAGUGCCUGUACCGUGGGAACGGGUGCCUAA